AGUCGCGAGCGCCCAGAGAGUGACUCACGAACUCGCAACUCGCAUCAGCUUUUUCGCACAUCUGGCGAGUUCUUCACCGAACCAUGUGCUGCGUCGCGCCGAAUUCGGCCUCAGAGAGUAGUGUGCGUUCGUCGAAUACGGUGUCGAGUGUCGCAGCAGAAAAGCACUGGUCGGCCAGCCCAAGGUCUUGAUCGUCGGCCGCCACCGUCGACGUCGUCGUGCUGUACCAGAGUCGGCCGCCGAAUCGCCGAAAUAUGCCGAAAGGAGGGAAAAAGAAGUCCGCCAACGGCCACCAGCGCGGCAGAGGCCGCGUGGAGAACGUCUCUGACGAUGAGUCAAUCCUGGACAACGCCAGUGUGGUGAGCAUCGCCUCCUCGUCCAUUCCUGACGAAGCUGAGGCCGAAGUGGACGAGAAGUCGCAGGAGGAGGCGUUUGAGGAGAAGCUGCUCGAAUGCGUGGAGAAUUUGAGCGAGAAAUCGGCGCAAACGCGCACGCAGGCCCUCCAGUCAAUGGCGACUGCUCUCUCGAAAAAGUACCUACCUGACUUCGUUUUUGACAGAUAUAUGACGCUGAGUGAAGCGAUACGUGCAAGCCUGCGCCGGGGGCGUGGUGCUGAACAGGAGGCUGCAGCCCAGUUGGCGCCGCUGCUCUGUGUGUGUCUUGGCGCCUGCGAUGAGGCUGAGGAAGUGGCUGCCUCGUUGUCCACAACCCUGCUCCAAGUAGCAGCUGACGCUUCUGCCAAUCCGCAUGCCAGAGCUAAGUGCUGUUGGUCUCUGGCGGUACUGGCGUUCCUCACUGAGCUUGAGCCAUCAGAGGCGCUGGCCAGCGAGCGGCUGCUGGCGGAUGUGUUCAGCGGCUCGUACCUGAAAGGUGAUGGCCACACGCCAAAUAUUACAGCCGAUACGGCCGCCCUGCACGCAGCCGCCCUCUCCGGCUGGACACUGCUUGCCACGGUUGAUGGAUGCCAGAACCUGGACGCCGUCGGACAAGAGCACCUCAUCGACAUGCUCGGCUCUGGACACCUCGACGUCCGCGUUGCUGCUGGCGAGGCUCUUGCGGUCAUGCACGAGAUCAAACCACUGGACGCUCCUGAACAGGUUUGCGAGCUGCUGGCGGCGCUGGCAACAGACUCAAGCCGCUUCCGUGCCAAGAAGGAGCGCAAGGCGCAACGCAGCUCAUUCCGCGAAAUCCUGGCCUAUAUAGAGGAGGGCCGCGCGCCAGAGCUGAAAAUCCGCUUCGGACAGGAGUGUCUUGAGCUGGGCACGUGGGCCCUGCGCAAGCACUAUGAGGCCUUCUGCCAGGUGCUCGGCUCUGGGCUCAACCUGCACCUCGCGCAGAACGACCUGCUCAGGCAGGUGUUCCAGCUAGGUGAUCCCAUCAAUGCGGCUACACCCACCCAUAAGGUCACAAAGCUCGAGAGGCACCUGAUGAACGCAGCUGCCUUCAAAGCGAGGACCAUCUCAAGGUCCAAAAACCGGGACAAACGCUCAGCAGCAGCCUCCUGCUAGCCACGCUUAAUCCAACCAACCUGUGUUGUUUUUGCAUCAUAUUGUACAUUUUAAGCAAUAAAGUAAAUUUGCCGCUGGUUUUAAGACAAAA